AGUGGCAACAGUGGCGGUGAGCUCUACAAAAAAAAAAAUUUGCAAGUGAGAAAAGAACAAUCACACAGUCUCAGCGGCAUUGUUAAGUUUAAAAGCGGUAAUACAAGUUGUUUUCAACUAAAAGGAUCAUAACAAGCACGUUAAAAGGACAAAGUGUUCAGUUUGAAAAAGUAUUCUAAUGGCCGCCGCAGCGGAUGCGGCCAAAUCCAACGCCUUGCUGGCUAUGAACAAAGUGAACAACACAAAAUGCCGCGCGUGCCUUUCCGUAAGCCGUCAGACCGUCAAACUGGAUGCCAAAAUACCGGAUUUGCAAAAUGUGCGCACUUACGGUCAAGGCUUGCGGCAGUGCACUAACUUGCCAAUAACCGCACGCUCCGCCGGCGGCUACAGGUGGCCUAUGCAGAUUUGCCUGCGCUGUUGUCGCGCCUUGGAGGUGGCCAUGCAUUUUGUGGAGCUGGCGCUCGAUUCCAACCGCAAGCUGUUUGCCGAAUCUCAGAGCAUCAAGGUGACGCCACCACAGACACCGACGUCAUCAACCAGUGAACUAAAGCGCAAAGCCAGCGACGAGCUCCUGCAGUGGAAUCAAUUUAGUCAGGAAUUUGAGCAAUUCGUGGAAGGCUACGAUGGUGUGCCGCCUCCCAUUGAGGAGAAUGUGCUGUAUAUGCGCGGUGCCAAGGUGCCGCGUCUGGAUAACGAGAUUGCGUCCAACAACGAGCCACCAAAGGAGGACGAUGUGAUUUUGUUUGAUGUCAAGUACGAAAGCAAUGAUCAGGAUCAGGAGGACGAGAAUGAUGGCUCCGAUGCGAAAAACAGUGAAACUUUCUAUGACAAUAGUAUUAUCAAUGAUAGCAAUGCUGGCAAUAAAAACAACAGCGAGAAUAACAAUAAUUAUAAUUUUAAUAACAAAAACGGAGAUAUGUCCGGUCUGCCUGAUGUUGAGUGCGAUCUCAUCCAACGUGCGCUCUUCAUGACUCUCAACGAUGAUGCCAAUAGCAGUCAAACUCCAGAGGACUUGCAAUCAAUUGAAUCCAUCAAAGCCACACUUUUAAAAUCUACGGAGCAAAUAACUGACUCUAAAGUCAGCUCAACAGUCAGCUCAUCUCAGAAGUCAAUGCCAAGCAAAGAGAUCAAUGUUAACAUACCUCUGCUCAGCUGCAGCAUCUGCAAACACACACACACCGAGGCCAAACAGAUGCGCAGCCAUUAUAUGCGAGUGCACAGAUGUGAUGUCUCCGAGGACGAUAUAAUUGGCCUAACUAAAAAUCAAAGCUUCAAGUGCAGGCCCUGUAACAGCUAUGAGACAAACAGCCGAACGGACAUGCAACAGCAUCUGAUUGAGCACCACAAAAUUGAUGGUGAUUUUGAAAUGUAUUGUUAUGUGCAGCAGAAUUGUCCCGCCUGUGGACGCAUCUUCAAGGACCAGCGCUCGGCGCGCACACACUACACACGCAUGCACACACCACAGCAACAACAACAGCAACAAUUGCAGCUGCAGCAGUCGGGGAGCAGCGGCGCUGUGCGUGAGGCAGUCGAACAGCAACAUAUGUGCACCGCCUGUGACAAGGUGUUCAAUUUGAAGGCCAGUCUGCAGGCACAUCAGCGAUUCUGUCAGGUGAAGCAACCGGUGCACUGUAACUUCUGUGAGCAACAGUUUAGCAGCAUGCGCAAGUAUGAGUUGCAUCUACAGCAGCAGCAUGCAGUCGACACGCUCCACGAAUGCGAAAUAUGCCAGAAAAGCUUUAAGAAUAGUGAAUCAUUGGCUGUGCAUAGGAAGCGACACUCUGAGCGUCAUUAUCAGUGUGCCAAGUGCUCGCUUAACUACAUCAAUGCGGCUGAAUUGCGCGUACAUUAUGAGCGGGCCCAUGUCCAAGAGGAGCAGGUGGUUUCCUGUCGCAGCUGUGCCAGUAAAUUUCAAAAUUAUGCACUGUUGCGUGAGCACGAACAGCGAAAUCAUCAAAAGCCUAAGAUCUGGCGCUGCGACAAUUGCACAUUUGAGACCAAUACACGGGCUCGGUUGCGCCAGCAUCAAUAUGAGCACACGGAUUAUCCGUAUAAGUGCAAGCAUUGCCCAGAGGAAUUUGCCGAUCGCGGCAAAAUACGCCAACAUUCCAAAAAGGUGCAUGCGGUGGAGCUUAGCGAUGAGCAGCUCGCCGAAAUGUUUCGGGAACGCAUUGGCUACACCAAUCGCCAUGAUGCAUUCAACAAGACCAACAAUUCACUGGAGAUUCCGGGCUUCAGUGAUGAUUGCUUUACAGAACUGAAGAGUCUCGGCCUGGACUAUGAUGAUAUUACAACCGAUCUCUUUUCAAAUUCCAUUUGCGUACUGGACAAUCUGCUCGAGUUGGUACCAUAAACCAUGGAAAACAUCAAUUUGAAUCCAAUUACCUGCAUAGAAUUUUAAGUAACAUGAUGAAUAGCUAACGAGAGCUUAAAGACUGUCCGCACUUAUCAAUCCAAUCAUUCACUCCAACGUCCAAUCGUCAACAUCCGCAAAGCAUCUUCUUCAGUUUUUAUUUUGAUUUUAAAUUUCUUUUAAAUGGGCACAAACCAAAACCGUCAAGUAUCAACUGAAUGUGGGGUAUAUAUGUUUAUAUAUAUACUCACACACGCACCAACAACCACUCACAUAAAUAGUUUGUAAUUCUCAUAAAAAACAAGAUAUUUUUUUGAAGUACCUUAAUAAAAAACAAAAACCAAGCGCUUUGGAAGCGCUCCCGAAAAA